UGGAUAAGACGUUAUCAACGUCAGCUAGGGCCUCGUGCGAAGCUAAUUCCCUGCUUAUAAGUCGACGGCUGAAGGGAGAUGGUGUGCCCUUAGUUCUGCAAAGCUGUGCUCUAAUCUUUGUGUCUGUGGCCCACUCGUCACAACCAAUACAACAUUCACCGCUGGACACGGAGUUUCUUGUUUCAUCUUGUGCACCCAAAAAGGUUAUGGUGGAGAUCAGUUCCUCCCCGCCACAUCGCAGGCCGAUGUACGAAGAUAGCCAGACUAUCAAGUCUUGGGUGGAAGCAGUGUACUACGCUGGUGAUUCCGAAACAACAUCGGAUGUUUCAGAUGGUCCCGAUAUUAUGACAUUUGUUCACCCUGCUUUUCGAAAAAUUGGUCACCUUUCCGCGUGCGACUCCGACUUGGGCAUUCCUGUUUGUCUUGACGGCCCCUCAUGGUUGUCAGAUUUGCACCUUACGUCUUAUGACGGCAGUGACGACAGCGGAACUACUUCGGCUUUCUCUGAUGAAAGCGCACAGUAUAUCCGAAUCUCCAGUGACAGCCCCUGGUAUCGACUCCUGGAGUCACGUCCUGAACCGAUGCCUUCCCCCGAAUUCGACACUAGAACAUUUCCCAACUGCUGCUCAACUGGUGUACAACAAGCUAUUGCCCAACAGGAACUUCUUCUUGCCAUUUUCCAUGCGGAACUCCAGAGGAUGAUUCCUCGUGAUGGCAAGUCGGAGUAUAAUCCCGAUUGGCUGGACGAUGUUGACCCUGAGGUAGUCCUAUCUCCGAUGGAGGUGUACGAAGAUCUUUGUUGGCAUUCUGCUGUCUCGGACAAAUAUGCUGCCCGCCAAUUGACUAAACCACUCGCGGACGUUCCAAUCGGGUUUGGUGAUGUCCAUGUCGCAUUCUAACAUGGAGUUGACUUGACUCAUCCUUUUUGAAAAGCGAUUUGGGGUCGGGCUCAGCUUAUGCGCACUGCUCAUUAUGCACUUUCGUUUAUUUUUUAUCAUCUCUUUCACUGCUCGCUUUGCACUAUGAACACUCAUUUCACCAGCACGUCUUAGUUUUCCCCUUUCUGUCGAGCCAUUUCAACCGCAAUGUUUUACCAUGCACUUGGCUUUAACUUGACUUGAACAUUUACUUCGCGCCCAACUAAAGAAAAUCAGAGGUAGCUAUUCUUUCUCGACCGUGAGCUUGGGGCCGGUAGGAAAGGGUAACAUGAAUAAAGCCACUGCUAAGUAGAAUG